ACCCACUCCUAGUUCCGGUGUGUGAGAUCAAAGAUGGCGACUUACAUGCGUCUGUUGUUGUUGUAGAAAUGAACUUUGUCGAUUAUUGCAUCGCGCAUAAUGAGUAAAGCUAAGCGCAAGGUUACAGUGGAUGCAGGGAAGCCUGUACCAGACGAAGGCGAGAGACGAAAGCCGAGUGUGUUCGAAAGAUUGGGGCCUGGUGCAGCAAGAAAACCGGCGUACAGCGAAGAACCUGAUAGAAGAGACAGGUACUAUUCGAGUACUCAGGAAAAAUGUCGGUACUGGUUACAAAAUGAGGAAUGUCCAUUUGGCCCAAAGUGUAAAUUUGCCCAUGGGUCAUUCAAGAAAGGGAAAUCAUCAAAGAGAGAUGAUGACAGUUCUGAUGAGCCGAGGUCAAGGGGUAAAAGUCGUCGGGAAAGAUCAAGCGACCAUAGUGACAAUGAGUCUGUGGAGAGGAAAAAACGAAGUAAAUCCAAAAAGGAGAAAGAGGCUCGCAUAAAGUCUGCCAUCGUCAAAGCAUCCCGUGGAGGUGAUAGUGACCUUGAAAGUGACAGUUCAAACUCCUGGGUUCAAGAAGGAGAGACUUUAUCCGGCCUGGACUACAAGAAGGAGCUGGAGUUAGUUAGGCAGAGACAGAAGCUGAGACAGGAACUUAGUCAGCUAGAGGACACAGAUGAUGUCCGCGAGAACCUACACAUUGAGAGAGAGAUCAGCAGCAGUGACAGUGACGGCAAUAGCAACAUGGAUCGUGGACGAUCUCACAAAAAAAUUGUGAAGUCACCCAGCAAGAAAAAGGAGAAGAAAAAACACAAGACCUCCAAAUCCCCUGCACAUAAAGUGAAGACUAUGUCACCGAGUCCCAAGGACAAGGUCAAAAGAUAUGAUGAACCUGAAAAAGAUAUCCCAAAGAAAAAACAUAAGAAAAAGAAAUUGUCAUUGGAAAAAAGGUAUGCAGAUUAUUCAGAUGAGGAACCUCCUGAAGUAGACACUGGAAAAUCAAAAAAGUUGAAAUUAGCUAAGGGGUCAAAGGGCAAACACAUGGAACAGAGGCCAAAACUUAGCUUCCAAUCCGAUGAGGACUUUGAUGAGGAGUUUGUUAUUAAGAAGAACAGGCAAAAAUCUUGGUCUAAAUCCAUUUCAAGGUCACCUUCACGGUCACCCUCAAGGUCACCAACACCUGUUGCUGGUUAUGACAGGGGCCGAUCAAAGAGAACGCCAUCAGAUUAUGAUCGAUAUGAAACAAACCGAACUCCUUCACCAGAGGUAAAGAAGCCUAAGAAGUCUGUUCGAGACCAGCCAGAUUAUGAAGCUUGGGAGAGAGAAAGGGAAACCAGUCGGGAAAAACCACGACACAAAAUUGUACAAGAACGUGAUGAAAUGUCUCCAGAACCUCGGAAAGAGAGAAGAGCACGUUCUCCAUCAGAAGAGAAGAGAGAACCAGAAGAAAAACACAGCAAGAAGAAAAACAAAAAGGAACAAAAACAUAAUAAACAUAAACAUGAAACAGACAAUCGUAGUCAUGGUUACUACUCUGACGGUGCUGGUUCUCCAUACAGUCAGGAGAAGGCAGCACCAUCUCCAGAGCGUGGUCGCAAAAGUAAAAAACACAAAGGCGACCAGUCAAGGGACCAGGGAAGUGUAGGGCGUGAGAAGGAUAGUCGCCGAGAUAUAUUUGAGGAACCAGAUAAAAAUGAAUCUCCUAGAGAUUACAGAGAACAACGUGGUAAAGGUUACAAAGAUCGUGGGCAAAUGGUCAGUCCAGCCUCUACAUCACGUGACAAGGAAAGACAGGGGAGGUCACUCUCAAUUGAACCGCCCUUAAAAGUAUCAGAGUCGCGUAGGGACUACUCACCAGAGUCUCAAAGGUCAAGUUCUCAGUACCAAAGGAGUCGCAGGAAUAUGUCUCCAAUAGACAGACGCCGAGAUGAUGAACGUUACGAAAAGGAGAAGGAGGUGGAUCGUUCAAGGGAAGGGCGGGGGAGAGAGAAAGAUGAUCCCCACCGUGACCCCAGGGACCCAAGGGCUAUGUCACCAGAUGACCGGAGAUAUGGGCGGGGCCCACCACCAGGAAGACCAGAGUUUGAUCCUCGUCAACCUGGCAGGAUGAGCAGGUAUGAUGACAGAAGGGAGCGAUAUGAUGAAGAAAGGUUCCCUCCCCCACCCCAUAUUCCUCCUCCCGGGGAUGACAGAGGCCACUAUGGUCCAGGCAGGUCACCAUUUGAACCUCCUAGGGGGCGUCCAGAAAGUUAUGACAGAGAGCGUGAACGAGAUCGGUACGGCAGAGAAUAUGGACAACCUCCAGACCCCAGAUAUGCACCAGUUCCAAGAGGCCAGUAUGACAGAGGCCACCCCGACUACCGGGACCCUCGAGAUCCUCGUGAUCCACGGGACCCUCGUGAUCCUCGAGAUCCCAGGGACCCCCGAGACCCUAGAGAUCCCCGUGACCCAAGAAAUCCUCGUGAUCCGAGAGACCCUCGUGACCCACGGGAUCCUCGAGAACUGAGACCUGAUAUGCGUGACCCCAGAGUUGACCCUCGUGACCCAAGGGAUGGGAGAGGUGACAAUAGAGACAUGAGAGACCCAAGGGAGAGUAGCUGGGAAAGGUCACGUGGUCGAGGAUCAUGGACCUCACCCCAUGGUCCCCCAGGCCCCGGGGGGAGGGGAGGAAGAGGAGGUCCUCCACCCCCUCCACAAAACUACGGUGGUGGUAGAGGAAGAGGCAGUUUUGGUCCAAAUGAUCGCUACGGAAACGGCAAAGGCAGAGGCCGGUAUGACCCUGGCCAGGAGCGACAAAGCCGUCGAGGUGAAUGGGAAAACCAGCGACGUGAUGACUUUUUCCCCGGAGGUGAACGACGGGACUGGGGAGAAAGACGAGGGGAGGAAAGGCGUGGUGACUUCUCUCGUGAGGAUGACAGGCGAGGGGAAGACCGACCAGAUGACAGAGGGUUCAGGAUGGACAGAAGAGGAGAUGACCGCCGUGACAAAGAUGGCCUUCGAGACAGACAAGAUGACCGAGAUAGUUCACGUGGUGGUCGCUAUGGUGAUGACCGGAGAGGACGGGAUGACAGUAUGGAAAAGCGGGACUUUGAGCGACGUGACCGUGAUACUCUCACAGACCCACGUCAGCGUGAUAGAAAGGAUCAGUCACAGGAUAGAGACAGACAAGAGAGAGAUGGAGAGCAGGUGGAAAAAGUUGUGAAACAAGAGGAAAGUGAUAGAGAACGAAUGGACAGUCGAAAAUCAGACAAGGAGAAAGAGAAAUCAGGUGUGGCAUCAGAUGAUAAGGCAAGAGAGAGUGUAGAAGGAAAAACUGAAAAACGAAGGUCUGUGGAGAGGACGGAGAAACAGGACAGUGGCUUGGAGGAAAAGAGGAAAAACAAAAAGAAAAAGAACAAAGAGAAGGACAAAGCAAAGAGUCCUUCAAAGUCAAAGAAGGAUGGGAAAAGCAGUGGAAAAAAAGAUGAUACAAAGGAAGGGGAAAAACAAGAGGAAGAAGACAUUACAGACAAAGGUAUCGAGGAGAAAGAAGAUGAUGGUAAGAAAUCUGAACAAGAGGGAAUAGUUGAAAAGAUUACUGAGAAGGCUGAGGAGGUGACAGGUAGUAUAGAUACUAAAGAACUCCUAGAAACUAAAGAUGAUUUUAAAGAUUCUCGGAAACGUGGUCUUGAAGAGGGAGAGAAAUCUGUAUCACCAGCACCUUCCAGCAAACGAGUGCGUGAGAUAUCUCCAGCUAACUCCCAACGUAGUCGUGGCAGUGCUGGAGAUCAAGAUAGAGAUAGAUCACGAGGUCGCAAGCGUGAGGAAAGGGACUCAAAACGUGGCGACAGGUCAAGGCCACAUAGCAGAGAAUCGAACCGAGACAGACGUCGAGAGAGAUCACAAGGAUCAACUACAAGUCGGAGGGAGAGACGACGGGAGAGAACUCCAGAAUCCAGGGAUUACGAAAGCAAAAGUUAUAGGAAAAGGUCAAGGUCACCAGAUCACCGACCAGAAGAGGUCAAGGAUAAAGAAGAUGAAAGAAAGAAAAGAAAAAUUACUGGACAGGAGGAUGGAGAGCCAGUUGUGACAUUGCCAAUGGAGGGUCGGUCAAGAGGUGGUCGAGGUGAGGAUCAUAGAUUCAGUGACUGGACUGAUGACUCCGGUGAUGACCUUCUGAACCAUAAAUCCCAGGCUGCUUCAGGGGACAGGGAGAAUGCCCCACCCACAGGACUAGCAGCAGAGGUUUGCUCAGCAAUACCAGACCAUGUCCGUAAUGAAGGUCGUAUCCGUAGUAAUAGUCGAAGCAGCCACAACAGCAAACACAGUGAUAGAGGUCGGAGAAGGUCCUCCUUGGAUCUUGAUAGUAAUAGUCCUGAUGCUGACAGCAAGGAUCGUACAACAGGUUCUUGGGAUCAAAGCCCUUCUAGGAAGUCACAUGAGCAUAGCCCAAAACGACAUACACCUGACCGCAGUCCUAGAAGGAGGUCACGUGACAGAAGUCCUCGACGAAAAUCAAGAGAUCGGAGUCCUAGGACAAGGUCACGUGAUCGCAGCUUGAGUCACAAGUCACGAGAAUGUAGCCCAAGUACAAGGUCACGUGAAGGUCAAAGUCCAAGUAGGAUGGCAGAAGAUAAAAACAAUCGGGAAAUAAGGGAAGAACAGAUAGAAGGAGUCUCGAAGCAACAAUCUGACGAGCAGAAGGAAGCUAACCAGUCUCAGGCGUUGCCACAAACGCCACAAAAUAAAGACAAUCAGUCUGGAGAUGAAGAUGAUGACCAGAUGUCAUAUGAUGAGAUUUCCAGUGAAGAGGAGAGUAUUAUUGGUGAUGAGGAGCCGAAGGACUCAGACACUGCAGCACCUCCUGGUAUUGUGGAUGUCCUACAGAUUGAUUUCUCCAGCUUCAAGAGUGACCCUCUCCUGAAACCAAUGGCAGGAUCUGCACUAAACAAGUAUAAGCCAGCGGCUAUCCUGUCCAAUUUAGGUGUAUCUCGAGCCUUGGCUGGUGAUAAGUUAUUCAAGAAAGUUGAAUCAUUCUGUCAGGACAAGGUGCAAGAGAAAGAAAAGGAAGCUGGAGAAGACAUGGGAGGGAAGGCAGCUCCAGCAUUUCACUGGCAUAAUGAUGUGGCAAUGCUUCACUUGAAUGAGGUGGCUCAUCAGCAGGAGAGAGCCACACUGAUCCACAACAUUGGACCAAAUCGUCAUGGACUGUGUGCCCGACGUGACCUUGACAUCAGACGGCAGCUAUGUAAAUUAUACAAGAACCCAGAUCACUUGCAUGCCUACCAUGCACCUGUGUUAGAUACAGACCUGUGUAAACUAAGUGUUCAGUUGUUUAAAGAUGUGACACAGUCAGUAAAGGUCAGUGAAGUGACUAGCGAACCCACAGAGGUCAAACCUGAAGUCACGUGUCAAUGAUAUUUACAACAUCAUCACAGUAAAGGUCAGGGAUGUGACUUGUGAAUUCAGAGGUCAAACCAGAGGUCAUAUGUCAACGAUGAAUACAACAUCAACACAGUCAGAAAAGGUCAUGGAUGUGACUUGUGAAUUUAGAGGUCAAACCAGUGGUCAUGUGUCAAUGAAGAACAUUUUUUUAUGUGCAAUAAGAAACUGCAACAACAUAUUAAUGCUUUGAUUAUUGAUACUUGAUUUAUGAUUUUAAAUAUUCACCUGGUAAUUAAACAAACAAAUAAGUGCAUAUUUAAAAAACCUUGUGAAGAGUGCAGUUUUGGUAUUAAUGGAACUUUUGAAUUUUUAUCAAAACAUACUAUUGUCUAAUUAUUGUAUGAUUCUUGAUUAUAGUUAAUUGUCUGUGAUGAAAAACGAAACGAAAGUUUCAGUCACGUUCAUUUUGAUGGUAUGUGUGUUGCUUGUUCAAGCCUAGAGGAUGAAAGGGAAAUCACAAGGUGAUAAAAAGGGUGUGAGUUGUUCAAGAAUAUUUGAUGACAUCAUUGCAUUUUAAUUCCGAUUCACUGAUUAGUAUUGUAAUAUAUGUGAUGUUUGUGAUGAAAAGUUAAAUUCUUAAAUUCAAUGGAUCCUCUUUUAAAGUGGCUAAUUUGUACAUAUAAACUAUGUAAAUUGGUAAUUUCCGUUUCAGUAUCAGUUGUAAAAUAAAAUGAAUAUCAGAUUUGUA